CUGUUCCCUUAGCUGCCGCUGUAAUAUCCCACCUUGUGCCCCCCUCCCGCUAUGACAAUGCAUCGGGAGGACUCUAAAGUUACACUUUAAUUUCUAGAAAAUCCCAGCCGUGUAUGUUUACAUUUCCACAGGGUGGUGCAGGUGCCUCUCCGCAGUCUGUGCUUCCGCCGGUCUCAGGAUGGAAUUCAGGAACGGGGGGGCGCAGUUGCUGGAUCCCAGCUUCCAGCAGCAGCUGGAGGACUCCAGGGAGCAGCUCAAGCGAGAGAUUCAGAGGGAGCUGAAGAUAAAAGAGGGGGCGGAGAACCUGCGCAAGGUGUCCACGGACAAGAAACAUCAGAGCCAUGUGGAGAGCCAGCUGAAGACCUCCAACCGCCGCUUACAGGAGCUGCACCGCCGACUGCAGGAGCUUAACGGGAGGAUCGUCAUCAUGGAGAAGGAUGCCAAGCAAGAUGGCACGGUGUCUCCAGACCCCUGUAUAUUCGAUCAAAGCCAAGACCCAAGGCAGCGCAGGGUGGAAGCCUUAAAGAGACAGUUGCAUAUUGAACACAAGGUGAAACAAGGAGCAGAGAAUAUAAUACAGAUGUUCUCCAGCGGAGCUUUUAAAGACAGGAAGCUGAUGGCUACGGCGCAGCAGAUGCUUCAGGACACCCGGAUAAAAACCGAAUUGCUUCGCAUGCAAAUUGUGAAACUGACACAAUUGCCGGGUUCCGUGACUGACCUCAGUGACUCAACCCUUUCACCCCUGGAGCUGCGCGUGGAGGAGCUGAGGCACCAUUUGCGCGUUGAAGCAGCUGUGGCUGAAGGCGCCAAGAACGUGGUCAAGCUGCUAGGUGGCCGCAAAGUGCAGGACCGCAGGGCUCUAGCUGAGGCUCAGUCCAGGUUGUAUGAAUCCUGCCAGAAGAUUGACCUUCUACGUGUAUCACUUGAGCGCUGUCUUUCUGAGCUGCCCCCAGGACAUCUGAAGCAGGAGCAAAUAAAGCAGGAUCUGCAGUGUUUUCCAUCUUCAGGGGGAGUAUGCGGUAAAGACCAGAGUCCCAGUCAGUCCCUAACGUCCCUUAUCAAGGCCACUGCACUCACAGGAACUUUAGAGAUUCACCUUUUGGGCUGCCAAGGCUUGCUGGAAAACGUCCCAGGGCGCUCUCGUGCUGCCUCAACUCACGGCAGCCCUGACACAAAGAACUUCACACGCUACAAAGCUGGAGGAAGUGGUUAUGGACGAGGAGGCUCGGGGCGCUAUCUGAGGACAGAUGAGCUCUCUGGAGAAGUAAUGUGCUUCUUGAAGGUUGAUAACAAGCUGGUGGGACACACUAGUUGGGGUUCUGUACACAACCAGUGCUGGGAUCAGAGAUUUAGCAUUGACCUGGAGAGGUCGCGGGAAAUGGAGAUUUCCAUCCACUGGCGGGAUUGGCGGGAGCUGUGCGCCAUUCGCUUUGUGCGUCUGGAGUUUCAGAUUAUGUUCUGUAAUCCUGUGAUUGAGAGGAGAGGCAAAGUACAGAGACAGAAGCGUAUAUUUCCCAAACAGAAAGGGAAGGAUUUCCUUCGUGCCACCCAAAUGAACAUCAACUUUGCUACAUGGGGCCGCCUCAUGAUGAGUAUUCUACCUCCAUGUGGCACCAUAACAACACUGAGCCCGCCCCUUCCUGCCCCUGCUGCCGCAGAUACUCUGGCAAAUUCUGCAAACUACAGUAAUAUUCCUGCAAAAAAGUUAGUGUUCACUGAUGAAUCUUUAUUGAAGCCUCCACCCAAACCUCCACGAAUCUACUUACCACUGGAGUCAGAAAAGGUAGGGGCACCUAUGGACACCCCACCCAGAGUGCCUGCAAAGUCUGUGAAGCGCAUUCACUCAGAGGAGAGUAGCACACAGAGCACAUCGGAGCCCCAGAAACUUCACAGAAAGAAUGUCCUUACUCUAGCUGACUUCGCCUGUAUCUCUGUACUAGGAAGAGGGCAUUUUGGGAAGGUCCUUCUGGCUGAAUAUAAGGAAACGGAAAAGCUGUAUGCGAUCAAAGCACUGAAAAAGCGGGAUAUUGUGAGCAGAGACGAGUUUGAAAGUCUGCAGUGUGAGAAGCGCAUCUUCGAGGUGGUAAAUACUUCUGGACACCCCUUCCUGGUGAACUUGUUUGCCUGCUUCCAGACCCCGGAACACACCUGCUUUGUCAUGGAAUACAUGCCAGGUGGGGACCUGAUGAUGCACAUACACGCCAACGUCUUCUCUCAGCCAGCUACGAGGUUUUAUUCCGCCUGCGUGGUUCUUGGCCUCCAGUUUCUGCACGAGAAAAAAAUUAUUUACAGAGACUUGAAGCUGGACAACCUUCUGAUGGAUGCCAAUGGGUUUGUGAAGAUUGCAGAUUUUGGACUCUGUAAAGAAGGUAUGGGAUACGGGGACAGAACUAGUACAUUCUGCGGCACGCCGGAGUUCCUGGCACCGGAAGUGCUCACUGACACUACUUACACCUAUGCAGUGGACUGGUGGGGGCUGGGCGUGCUCAUCUAUGAGAUGAUGGUAGGAGAGUGUCCCUUCCCCGGUGAUGACGAAGAAGAGGUGUUCGACAGCAUUGUGAAUGAAGAAGUGCGUUAUCCACGCUUCCUCUCUAGUGAAGCUAUCAAGCUUAUACGGAAGUUGCUGCGGAAAACACCAGAGCGCCGCUUGGGGGCUGGAGUUGGCGAUGCAGAAGAGAUAAAGCCUCAGCCUUUUUAUCAGGAGAUGGAUUGGGAAGCACUUUAUGCACGAAAGCUGCAGCCACCUUUUGUCCCAUCCCUAAAAGACCCUUAUGAUGUGAGGAAUUUCGAUGAAGAAUUUACUGGACAGAAACCCAUACUGUCCCCAUCUGACGAUCCGCGCCCUGUGACUGCCAUCGAUCAGAUCCUCUUCCAAGACUUUGACUUUGUCUCUGACCUCCUUCUUGCACGAUAGGAAAUAGUGAUGUUUUCAUUGAGAGCCUAGCGGGGGUUAAG